GUGUGAUACCAUGAAGAGUACGAGUACUUCUGACGUAGAAGGUAUAGCUAAGAAGGUAUCAACUGGUGUGAAUGAGAAUGGUGAUAAAAGCAUAGACGAAAAUAAAGAAAAGAGUCCCCAUAAAAGCUACGAUGGUAAGAAAAUGAUGGAAUGGUUUAUAGCAGGAGGUGCAAGCGGUGUAGCUUCACGUACGGCAGUUAGUCCCAUAGAGAGAUUGAAGAUACUUCAGCAAGUACAAAGCUUUAGUAAAGCAGAAUACACGGGAUUAUGGUCCAGCUUGAAAAAGAUGUACAAAGAGGAAGGCUUUAAGGGUUUUAUGAGAGGUAAUGGUAUAAAUUGCCUGAGAAUAGCUCCCUAUAGCGCUGUACAAUUCUCUACAUACGAAUUUCUUAAAAUUUUAUUCGCCGGUGACUCAAAUCGUCCAUUAGAAAAUUGGCAGAAACUUGCAGCUGGCGCUUUAGCAGGUAUAAAUUCUGUCGCUACUACAUACCCACUCGAUCUCGUACGGUCUAGGUUAUCAAUCGCUACCGCAAGUUUAGGGGUGGAAUCAUCUAGGCAAGAUGCAAAAUUGAGUAUGUGGGCUAUGGGUAAGAAAGUAUACAGAGAGGAAGGUGGUUAUAGAGGUCUAUAUAGGGGUUUAGUGCCCACUAGCGUGGGUGUAGCUCCAUAUGUCGCUAUAAACUUUGCAACAUACGAGAUGCUCAAGAGCUAUAUACCUAUAGAUGGCUCUAAAUGGUUGGCAUUAGUUAUUGGUGCAAUGUCAGGUACCGUUUCUCAAACCCUAACCUAUCCUUGCGACGUUCUUAGACGGAAAAUGCAAGUUAAUGGUAUACGCUCAGAUGCAUUGGGACCAAAAUACAAUGGAUCUAUCGACGCAAUAAAGCAGAUAGUUAGAGCAGAAGGAUUCAAGGGCCUAUAUAGAGGAAUAGUAGCUAACUGGAUGAAGGUCGCACCCUCAAUCGGUGUCAGUUUCUACACAUACGAGUUAGUAAAAGAGCUGCUAGAACCAAUAGAAUAUAUAUAGAAUUAUCUAAUUGUAUGCUUCUUUACAGUGUUCAUCGAUGAACGAUAACAG